AUGCAUAAAUCGCAUGAACCGAUUUUGAGCUUAGGCGAAAUUGAAACAGUUAAUCAAGGUCAUGUAUAUGCACAAGAUGAAAAUGUUGAUUAUACAUUUGACCAUGAUGAGACAGAAAAACAGCGAGUUGCACAACCUCCUGUCGUGGAAGAAAAUAAACAAGUUACAAGUGAAGCCGAAAAGCUUGGAACAGAUGAAGCUCCUCUUAUUGAGUAUGCCGAUGAGCCUUUGUUACCUCUCGCCGAUGCAUGUGCUCCACUUGUUGAUAUUCUUCACGAUUUAUCGGUUUAUGUUAAUAUGGCUCUUGAAGAAACUCCUGAAGAACCACCCGAUGGACUGACAAUUGAUGAAAGCGCUGCCAUCCGACUUUACACGAUCGAAUGGACAGCACCACAUCGAAGUCUCUAUUCAAUGCUUAAUUAUACAUUGAAGAACUGUAGUCGUGAAGACCUUCGACCCUAUUUUAGGUAUAUGAAACUCUUCUUGACUGCCUUAGUCAAAUUACCAUGCUCUCCACCAUUGACUGUCUGGAGAGGAGUAACUAAAAAUUUGAGUGCUGAAUUCCCACCUGAUACUCCAGUGACAUGGUGGGCAUUUUCAUCAACCACAACCGAACUAACUGUGCUUGAAAAUAAUAUGUAUUUGGGCACUACAGGUGGACGAACAUUGUUCUCUGUUGAAGCCAUCAAUGGACGAACAAUUCGUGCUCAUUCGCAUUUUGUUACUGAAGAUGAAAUCUUGCUUCUGCCUGGCACUCACAUGAUAGUUCAAUCACAAUUUAGUCCAGCAUCUGAUCUUUAUAUCAUCCAUUUAAAGCAGGUCAUACCGAAUGAAACAUUACUCGCACCUCCUUUUGAAGGUACUUUGAAUAUGUUCAAUCAUUUUUUAUAA